GCAGGCGAAGCAACAUACUAGUGGCUGCAAAGCUACAUCACUGAUAUUAUCUUCGCCGUUGAUGAGGCUCGUCGGUGAUCCAUACACGUUCAAAAAUGUGGUUCGAAGAACGUAGUUGGUCAAAUUUGAGAAUGUCUGAGCUUGUCGAGGAAUGGAGAGAUCUCUGGUCGUUCAAAGUUGACUUUAUGGUUGCUGCUCUUUCUUAUGUUUUCGCUACGACAAAUUUUCUAAACUUACCAAAACUUAUCUUAGAAAAUGGAGGAUUAGCAUUUGUGGCUGCCUACGGUGCUGCACUCGUUGUUCUCGUACUUCCUACAAUUGUGCUCGAGCUGGCUGUCGGGCAGCUGACUGGUCGAGCACCGGUGCAGGCAUUUUAUCAUCUGUCACCAAUAUUCAAAGGAAUCGGAAUAUCUCAGGUUUUGUUCACAUUGCUUGUAUUAGCAACCAUGACACGAUUUGUUGGAUGGUUAAUACUUUUCGUCUUUCAUCUAUUUUGGACUAUUCAAGCAGAUCGACCUGGAUUGCCUUGGCUCAACUGCAAAUACUUUCCUGAGUUGUUAUCAACGCCUUGUCGAGACGCAGGAUCUAUGGCAAACUUUACUUUAGCUGCGCACACAAAGCUCAGCACUGUACAGGCCGAAAGCUCUUUAAUCCAGUUUAUGAGCGCUUUGGAAAGGCCGUCGUCAUCAAUAGCUGAUUUCGGCGAUUUCCAAUAUUAUCUGCUUGCUGCUCAAGGCCUUGUUUGGAUCAUAGUAUUCUGUGGCAUCUGCUUUGGCGUUCGAUGGCUUGGAAAGGUCAUCCCAUUCUCCUUCAUGGCAGCGUUCAGCAUGAUGUUAGCGCUGUUAAUCCGUGCCUGCACAAUGGAUGGUCUCAUGUCGAUACUCCGAAUCUACCUCAAUGUAACAGAUUGGCACAGGCUAGCUGACCUACAUGUGUGGAAAAUUGCAUGUGAACAAGCAAUUCUUGCUACGGGAAUUGGCUUUGGAGCAUUUAUCACAAUGGGCUCUUACAAUAGGAGAUCCAAUAACCUUGUUGGGGAUUCCAUCCUUAUCGUUAUCGGCCAUGCUCUAUUAACCCUGAUGCAGGUUGUUACUGUCAUUGGCUUGGUAGGAUUCGUUGUAUCGAAGACGGGCUUGACACCGUUUGAUGUCAUGGACAAAGGAGAAGCACAAAUGUGGCAUGUUUUGGCUUAUUUUUCAUAUCUUCCCAAUGUCAAACUGUGGAGUGGACUUUUGUUAUUUGCGUCUAUAUUCAUUCUGCUGAAUAUUUUCUACCUCCUCUCACUGUCUGUAUUGGCAACUCUGGAAGAUGCUUUGGGCGAUCGGUGGUCUCGUUGCUUCCCUCGCUUCGUUCUUGCGCUGUUUGUUUGCAGCCUUACCUUUGCGAUAUCCUUGUACUUUGCUACACAAGCCGGAAGACAUGCUUAUGAGCUCGUUACUGGUUUUCUCAAAUAUGUGACCAUUUUUGUUAUUCUCACAAUGGAACUAUUUGCUACAGCGUGGUUCUACUGUGCACACCGUCUUGGUAUGGAUCUGCAUGUUAUGCUUAGACAUGCGUGUUGUUGGUGUCUUGGUCAUUUCAUUCUGUACUUCACCUACUUGUUACCUAUAAUUCCUGCGGCAGUAGCUGCAAUGAACUUACAAGGCUACGACUUUGCUACUUUCUCCCCAGCUAUUCAUUCAUGGCCCUGGUCUGAAUGGGUAGGAGCAGCUGUAGCUCUUGUCCCACUGCUGCCUAUACCUCUAUUCCUUAUAUUCACGGUUCUGGGAGCUUGUUGCUGUCGUGGAAAGCAAGGCUACACACGAGGCCAACGAUUACGACACGUUUUUGCGUCGCGAUUACGCAAAGAUCAUCAUAAAUCAGCACCUCCGCCGCGAUAUACAGGAACAGCUCCUGGUUACUUGCUGCUACCGCAAGCACCAUUAGCAGAACCUGAAACCUAUGCUUAACUACCAGAAGUAAAUUUUGUGAAUAUUGUGACUAUAGAUGCGAUACUCAUUGUUAGUCAGUAGAACAUACCGGUAUAUCGAGGAAUGAAAGGAGAGUGUGCGCUAGCCGCUUCUAUCUAUCAUUUCUCUCCAGUUUCGUUUCAUUUUCAUUGUUUUAUAUCUUUUCACAAAAGUACAUAUCCUUAUAUGUAAGUGAGGAUUUUUCUCAAGAUACCGCAUGUCUUUGUUUUCAUUCCUUACGGUUCGCUGAAAAAAUCGAACAAUAAUCGAAAUGCUGCCUCUUGCACUGCUACGAUUUCAUCAAUCUUUCAUUGUAAUUUCUUAUCGUUCCCAAAUCAUUUGUCUCGAAUUGAUUUACUUCACAAUUUUUUUUUCUUUUCUGAGCACAAUCGAUGAUAGAUCUUUUUAUCUGUACCUUUGCUUUCAAAGUUUGUAUUCGUUUUACUAUUGUAUGUGGAU